AUGGAUGACAUGAAAGCUACACUGGACGCUAUCCCGCUCGCAUCGUUGCUGCAUUUGGAUCCGCCGACUCCACAAUCUUGCAACACUUCAAUGAUGGCUCCUUGCCCUUCAGAAUUCAGAGGGCCUGAGCUGAAGCAAAUACCCCCACCGACUGUCGAAGAAGUAUUCCUUGGUGCCAGCUGCGCGGCAGUGGAUUGCGGGCACGGAGCGGAAGGUGGCCUGAAGAAUCUGAGCCGGUUCUUGGAUCCGCUUUGCCAGCAACCCGUGAUCUUGAAACACUUUGCACGACAUUUGCUUGAUUUGCCUGUGCCUUGGACGUUUGACACUCUUGACAAGAUGUGCGGACCUGCACAAGUGGAUGGCGUUCGAGUAGCUAAGCCAGGCUCUUCGACAUUCGAUUACGCAGAAAAGUGCAAGAAAGGUUGCUUUUCUGAUUCCUCGGCUGAGGGCCAACUUGAGCCUAUGCUGUUUACAGACUUCAUCUCCAGGCUGCGGUCAUCUGCGGCCAGUCCAUAUUACUUAUGGUCUGUUCUGCUGGCAGCAGAGGCUGGCCAAGAGAAUCUUGUGCCAAGCACAAUGGCAGAGCUCCUUUGGCAAGAUCUCAAGAAUUUCAAGUGGGAGCAAAUCGAGCCACUGCGUCAAAUCGGAGAGCUUGGUUCAGUGAAGAAGGUGCAGUUGUUUUGCAGUGGUCCCGGGGCAGUGACAUCGUGCCACUAUGAUCAGAGCCAAAACCUUUUUCUGCAGAUGGAAGGUACUAAGCGCUUCAUACUUUUUCCGCCUCUUGUCGGUGCCGCUGCACUGAUGCCCUUUCCAAUCUCGCAUCCCAGAGAUCGGUGCGCUCGCGCUCGGCUUCAGAAAGGCAUGCUCUCCGAGAAUGGCCCCUUCACAUCAUGUUCCAGAUACCCCUGUUCAAAAAUUGCCCAUGGACAAGGGGUCGAAGCAAUCUUGGAGCCGGGCGACGUUCUCUUCUUGCCCCAGAUGUGGUGGCAUCAUGUGGAGUCGCUUGCGGAGGAGAACGUGUCUUUGAGCAUUUGGUUUAGGGGUGGUGCUCUGGAGCAACGCCCUGUGUCUGCACGGCUGCUUCAACCAUUACCUGGUGCUUUGGCAUUGGAACUGGCCCGGGAGUGGGAAUUCUACUUGGCAACCCAAAUUGGAUAUGGCGCUGAGCUGGUACUGUUCACUGCAUGGCUCUCUUGCCGCUCAGGCGCAGAGGCCCAGAGAGCUGGCCUGGUUCCACCACCGAACCUUGCAACUCGCUGGCUGCGUUGUGGGGCCCUACUGCUGCAGCAUGCCAUUCGCCUCCUCCCUUGCUCGUUGCUGCGGCUCUUCUUGAGUGCCUCGGAAAUUCACACGCUAGCAGUCAGAAGGCCUUGUGCAGGGCUGCUGGGCCAUUUAGGGUGA